AAGAGCAAUCCAAAUGUCGCCUUGACCGAGGCAGUCGGCAUGGAACAAUGGCAAUCCGGUAUGGGACCCGACUAUGUUCCCUAUGUCUCCAAAGAUGUCUAUGGCAGGCAUAUUGAUCAACCGGAUCUAUCUAAUCCAACGCGCUCACGCUUCGAAAGACCUCUCGAUACCAUUCGCUCCUUUGAA